AUGAGCAAAAUCCGUUGUGAUUUAUGCCCAAUUAAAGAUGGUGCAUUUAAACGUAGUAACGGUUUACGAUGUGGUUGGGCACAUGUUGUUUGUGCAAUUUACAUACCUGAGGUAUCCUUCACUGAUCUUGGUACUAUGGAGUUGAUUUCGGUAGAGAAUAUUUCAAGUGAAAGACUUGGCCGGUCCUGUGUAUUUUGUGAACGGAAUCAACGUAGCUCUCUAGCUAAUUAUGGCGCUUGCAUUCAGUGUGCGUGGAAAAAUUGCCGUUUGUAUUUUCAUGUUUCAUGUGCUGGUCUGGAAGGUUUGCUUAGCGAACUUCCUGCAACAGAAGCAAACGGAUCUGACAUGGAUCAAAUGAGUGAGCAAGAAUCUCAUCCAUAUCAAUUAAACGGGUUUUGCUGUCUGCAACACAAAAAGAAAUUCUCUGAAGCUCCAAAUUCAAAUUCAGCUCCUACUAUCCUGUAUAGUGGAAGUAAUAAUAGUAAAGUAUGCAAGUCUCCGACGGAAGAAACUUCUAAUGAAGUGAACAGUCAAUCGAUUAAGCGUCGAUCAUCCCAGUUACGCUUAACUCAACGAUCAUUGGAUUCAGAUCUGAACAGGAUGGAUGAUGAAACCUUUCAGGAUGUUGUAACAAAAGAUUAUGAAAAACUUACUGAAUGCACAAAUGGUGAACCCACAGGUCAAAACUCAUCUAUAUCGCAGAAAAGCCAGUUUCCUGAUGCACUUUGUAGCCCGAAAUCUACUUCAGAUUGCUCAGAUCCCAAACGGAGCAAGACAGACGUGAACUGGGGUGAGAAUGAAAAUCUUGAGAUCGCUACCUCAGAACAGGUUCCUUUCAAAGAAGUACAGAGUAUCGAAAGCGUAGAUCCGAAAAGACAUGAGUUGCCAGUACUAGAUCAAGUUGACUGCUUAUCGUCACAUCCUCUAGACCAAGAAAAAACUGUUAAAGAUCAACUAUCUCCGUAUGUUUCAUUCUCCGGCGAAUCAGCAAGUGUUCAGGGAAACGAAAGCUGUGAUAAAAAUAAUGCAAGCUUCAAUACGUCAGGUCCUCAGAAUUCAUCUUCUUUUAUGUCCCUUGAAUCUAGUAGCAAGUCACCUUGUUUGGUUACUGUUACACCGUCUGUAAGUAUUUCGUCUUUGGAUAUCCCACAAUCAGUCCAGUCAACAGAAAAGCAUUCUCCAAGAGGUCAUCAACAGAAUUUAGUGAGAAAACGUCGUACAAAGUCCAGCAAAUGUUCGGCAUCUCAGUCAUCAUCAUCAUCAUCGACUAAGAUGACAACCAAUCAGUUGGCUGUGACUUGCAGUAGCAGUUGUGUGACUAUAACAUCUCAAAAUUCUACUACGAACUCCACUACGUCUAUCGUUGCUCAGGAUAAUUUGCCCUUAAUAUUACCUCGUCGGCCUUUGUCUCUACGUGGUCUUGGGAUUUCGUGUAAUUCAAAGAAUAGUUCAAUUUUAAAUAACAUAGCUGGUACAUAUGUUGACUUACCAUCUAUGACACCUCCCAACGAGAUAUCGAUUUCAGGGAAAGGAGACAGUUUAUUACCACCUACGCUGGCAACAAUGCAUGAUCUAUUAGAAUGGCAAUGGGAUCAAGCUGGAACUUUAUUGAUGCAACAAGCGAAAAAGACUGAUGUUGUUACCCUCCUCGAUUGUCUUCAUCAAUUGAAGUGUGAAAAUGAUAUCCUUGAAGCUAAAUUAGUUCGUCUUACAACUAGGCAUGAACACUUAAGAUCUGUAAAUGCUCGUUUAUCAGAUUCACUGGCAACAAUGGAAGCUACAAUGGUGAUGAAUUCUCCUAAACAUGAAACUUCUGAACAAAAUCCUGUUGAUGUUUCUGUUCUUACGAAAAAGUCAAAUCAGCAAUCUCAUUAUCAUUCUUCACAUUUAUCUGAUAAUAAUACCACCAUUCAAGAUUCACAUAUAUCUGCAGUACUACAUGCUGUUGGUCGAGAGUCUCAACAAAAUCAUCUAUCUGAUGGUAUGGCUAAAAGUUACUCACGCCAUUCGGUCACUGUAUUCAACAAGUACACUGAUCCACCUAAUCCGAAAUAUUCAAGCACUUUAAACAAAAAAGCUCCAAUAUUACCGAAAGACAGUGAUGGGUGUAUUAACCCUAGUUUAAAACGUGAUCCAACUAAUCUUACAGAUAGCAUUCGAUCAUUGGAUAAAAUACAGGCAACAACAGUUUGUCUGACUCAGAAUCAACUACCGAUCUUUUGUGUAUCAUCGAAUUUCUCAAAGUCUUCUAAUGAAUCACAAUCCACUUAUUCAAAUUUAAUCAAACACCAACCAUAUAUCUUUCCUAGUGAUGCUUCAAUUCAACGUACUAACCAACAGAAGCUUAAUCUUAGCUAUUCGUCUAAUCCCUGCUCUACACUACCAACUACUAACUCGACAUAUUUUACUAAAAGUGUCGAUCUUAAUGAUUUGCAGGAACUAAGUGCUCGUUUGAGUUCAGCAAUUGCUGCUCGACAACCCCAAACAUCUAAAAGUUCUAGCUCAACUUUUCCACCGUGUUCCACAGCUCUAAGGAACACUCAUUCUGGUCAAAGUAAAAGAAACAAUAAAUCUUUGUCCAACCAACCAUCAACGUCCUCAAGUAAAUUACCGAUACAAGUGUUAACUUCUACGUGUACAUCUGUCAACAGCAUUUCAAAACUAGAUGCAUUGACCAACUGUCAAAAUUAUCAUCUUAAAGAUUCAAUUAACACACAACCUUUAAUGUUUGUUGAUUCAAAUAAAAUAGCAUGUCAUACAGAUCUGUCUCUUAUACAGUUACAAAAAAUUCCUUUAGAAAACCACAGUAUUAUUUCCACCAAUAAAACUGUCUCUAAUGAAUUCAGCAAUAUGGAAGUGUCAGUAACGUUAGCAACCAAUAGCAAUUCAGUUAAUUUAUCGAGUGAAUGUAAGACAGAUCCAGCGCAGUAG